AUGGGAUUCCAACCACAGUUGCCCCCACAAGAAGAAAAGAACAAACUGGAGGAAAUGAUCUCUAAGUUUAGUAAUGCCACUGAAGCAAGGUUCCAAGAGCAAGAAACAUCGAUUAAAAACAUAGAGGUUCAAGUGGGGCAGAUUGUAAGCAUGUUGUUAGAAAGGAAAGAGGGAAGGCUACCCAGCAACACAGAAAAGAACCCCAGAGAGCAAGUAAACGCCAUAACUUUAAGAAGUGGGAAAACAGUUGGCGAAAUUCAAAGAGAAGACAAGGAAGCUGAAGUGGCCGAUCUGCAAAAGGAGAAUGAGGGAAGUACCCCUAAACUGAAUUUACAUGAAAUUAAACUUCCUAUUCCCUACCCAAGAAGAGUCCUGAAGGCUAAAUUAGAUAAGCAAUUUGACAAAUUUUUAGAAGUUUUCAAAAAGAUUCAUAUUAACCUUCCUCUUCUUGAUGUUUUGUCACAAAUGCUGAAGUAUGCCAAAUUCCUAAAAGAGAUAAUGUCCAACAAAAGAAAGUGGGAGGAUGGUGAGAUGGUAAAACUAAACGAAGAAUGUUCANCUAUACCUUGCACCAUAGGGAAUACUGAAUUUGAAAAAGCUUUAUCUGAUAGAAGCAUUAAAUAUCCUAGGGGAAUAGUAGAAGAUGUUUUGGUCAAAGUGGGCAAUUUUAUUAUUCCUGCUGAUUUCAUUGUGUUGGAUAUGGAGGAAGAUAAGACAAUGGCUCUGAUUUUAGGGAGACCUUUUCUUGCUACUGGUGAUGCUUUGAUUGAUGCGCGAAAAGGUCUACUUACCCUUAGAAUCAAUGGUGGAGAAGUGGUGUUCAAUGUAUUUAAAACCAUGGAACAUCCCAACACAAUUGAACAUGAAAUUUAUGUAAUCGAUACCAUUGAUGUUGGUGCAGCUGAAGUAGAUACAUCUAAAUCAGAAGACAUGCUGAAAGUUGCACUUAACAAUAGUCCUAAUCAAUUGCAACGAGCAGAUUUACCUCCAUCUCACACAAAACCCCUCCCAUCUAUUGUGCAGGCCCCUAUUCCAAGUUUAAACCCACCUAUGAAGGAUGAAAGGGGGAAACAUAGGAAGUUGAAAACCAGGUGGAACGGACCCUUUGAAGUAGCUAGGGUACUCCCUCAUGGAGCGAUUGAAUUGCAUAAUGGUAAGGGCAACACAUUCAAGGUAAAUGGACAGCGGUUGAAGCAUUACAUUGAAGGAGAACAACCCAUCCACCAUGAAGGAAAGGAUCUCAACGAGGCAUUCAGGGAAGUCCUCUUAAAUCUUUCUCUCCUUGUUCUUGUUAUGCAUAUUCUAUACAUUGAGGACAAUGUAUAUCUUAAGUGUUUCUAUGAUACUCUGGAAUGUUCGGGUGACAAGGCUUCCGAGGCUUGCAGGAGGGAAUAUCAGGAAUGGGUGGAGAUGAAUUCUCUUGCCCGGUGUUACAUCGUAGCAUCUUUGGAUAAUCAGAUCCAGAGACAACUCGAUAAGAUCGAAGUCUCAAAAGACAUUCUAGAUAGUCUGAAGAAUAUGUAUGAGGAGCAUAAUCAUUCUAGCCUUUCAAAGGUCCCCAAGCUAUUGAUGACCAUGCACAUGACUGAGAGCCAACAUGUCCAUGACCACACCAUGAAAAUGGUGUGGUAUAUUAAUGAAUUGGAUGCUCUUGGUGGUUCUUAG